AUGGUCAUCAUCGACUAUGAGGCUGCCGUCCAGCAAGUUGAUAGAAGCAUAAACGUAGACAAAAAUAGUUCAUACUCUAAAAGCGAAGAAGAAGAGAUAAUUAAACUUGGGACUAGAUUCACUCUGGGGUUGCGGUUCCUUCGCGCCCUCCGCCUGAUGUCAGUCCCGGAUAUCCUGCAGUACCUGAACGUCCUCAAGACAUCGUCCAGCAUCCGGCUGGCGCAGCUGUGCUCUAUCUUCAUUGCUGUGUGGCUCACUGGCGCUGGUAUCAUCCACCUGCUGGAAAACUCUGGUGAUCCCCUGGAGUUCACCAAUGCCCACCCAUUGUCAUACUGGACAUGUGUGUAUUUUCUUAUUGUCACCAUGUCCACUGUGGGUUAUGGCGACGUUUAUUGCCAGACUGUGUUUGGAAGGACUUUCCUUGUCUUCUUUCUCCUCGUUGGCUUGGCUUUGUUUGCAAGUAGCAUUCCCGAGAUUAUAGAGCUGGUCGGGAGCCGGUCCAAGUAUAGUGGAGAGUACAAGCGGGAGCAUGGGAAGAGGUACAGCGCCUGGUCACGUAUUCCUGACUGCACUCCGCUCCCCGCCCUUCCUGAUGAUGCUACUGCUCUUUCUGCUGCUGCUGUUGCUGCUGCUGCUGCUGCGGCUGCCAGCGGCCACCUAGUGUAG